AUGGCUGACGAUGAAGAUGAUAUAGUUUGGAUUCGUGAAGAUACAGCUCAAUCAUCAGUUCCAACAUCUCCAACAACUCCAGCAACUAUCAUUGAAGCUGCACCUGUAUUGAGUGAUGCAUUUGAUAAACCAAUUCUAAAAUCAGUUGAAACUAUUUCUGUAUCAAAUGGACCACCUGAAGUCACAAUCAGUGCUCCACCACCAACUCCUCCAGCUGCUCCAUUAGCCCCACAGAUAACUCCAAUGGUGCUUUCAACAGUUCCAGAUGCAGCUCCUGCUCAGGAUAUUCCAGCUUUAAUUUUAGCUGCACUUGCACCAGAACCAGUUCCAGAACCCGAACCAGAAGUUGAGGCUAAGCAGAAUGUAAUAGUGGAAAAAGAAAAUGAGAUUAAAGAUCAACAACAAAAUGAUCAACUCUCCGCAAAGUUGGAUCCAAAAACUCCAAAUUCAGUUGAUGAUAACAGCAUGAGUUUUGAUAUCAGUGAAUGUGAGCGAAAAUUCAACACCGCCAUCCGAGAGGCAAAUGAUAUUCUAGAGGAUUUCGAUAAAAAAUCAAAACAAGUUGCUGAAAAUACUAAAUUCGUUGCAAAGGAAUUGGCCGAGCUCGCCGCAGAUGCCCCAAGAGUGUUCCAGAAGACAAUUGAAGAUCAUUCUCAAGUUCCAGAGAUAUCAGAAUUACCGAGUGGAGGUCUUCCCAAAAAUGUCGAAUCUGUAUUGAUUGGGGAAGGGAUUUUGGAAGAAAUCACAGGAACACUUGUACUUCCAACUGGACAAGUCUUAGUAACAGAUGAGCGUGUUGGAAUUCUAUUAUUCAAUUUGGAAGGAGAUGUUCUGGCUAAGAUCAACCCAGCAGAUUUCCGUAAACUAUGGAGUCCAGUUUAUCAUAAGGAACAUAUUUUGGUGCUUGCUGAUGCAAAAAAUGCUGAAAAUCAUUGGUCCCGUCAUGUGAUAAAGUUUACUUGCCAAUUGGAAUAUGUUGCAAAAAUUGAAUGCCCUUCUUGGUUGGCAGAAUGUACAAUUUUAAGAGAACGUCUGAGUAUUGCACAUAAUGAUCAUUUAUAUCUUUGUGUUUGUGGAGAGAUAUUCUCUGGUAUCUACGAACUGACUCCAAUUGGACAAUGGACUGAGUUGGAAUAUAAAUUAUCAGAAGCUUACAUCGAUAUGCUAGCCUUUGCAACAAUUGGACCAAUUACUCAGCUUCUCGUUGUAGAAGGCCGUCGAAAUUAUGUUCUACUGGUUUCUGUACGGGAAUCUCGAAUUGUAGAUAGAAAGCGAAUGGCAAUUUGUGAACGUCCUGGAGCUUUGGCAAAGGAUGAAGCUGGUCGCCUAUUCGUAUCUAAUCGGUUCUCUGCAAGUAUCCAGUUAGUUGACACAAUGCGUUGGGUAUCAGAGAAAAAUGUGGCCAUUACUGAAGCUUUUGUCCGCCAUUUCACAGCAUGUUGGGGACUUUUGGCAAUUCCAUUGAAAAAUGCAGUUCGUCUCCAGAGAUAUUCUUUCCGUUCCCUUCGAUAAACUCCUUAAUUUUUAAUCAUAUUUUUUUCAAUUUGCCCUGUUUGUAAAAAUAAAAACUUCACAACUUC